AUGCCUUCCGAGAAGAAGAGAACCUCCCUGCUUCCGCCGCCUGAUCUUGAUUUCCGUACACCACCUGAAGAUACUCUGGUUGACGACUUGAGAUACGCGCUUGAACAUGCACGCGAACUAUUCGCUGACAUUGCGUGGGAGUUCUCAAUGGCUCUUAGACCGACAACCAUCUACGCACAUAAAUCAAUUCUAUACGCGCGAAGUUCGCGUUCAUUUCAAGAAAAAUUCUUGAAAAAUAAGGACGCAAAUGGAAUGUCAAUACGAUCUGUGCGGAUGUCUAAUUCCGAACCUAUUGCCGUAAAGACGGAAGCAGACCCUUAUUUCUUUAAACAAGAAUUGAAAUUCUUUUACACAGCAGAAGAAGGCAGUCAAGAGUUUUUAGCGGCGGUUGACACAACGGAAGAACUGGAACAAGAAAAAUUAAAGGAGGACUUGCUUUACAUGUUGAAAUCCAAGUUGUACACGGACGUUGAAUUGGUACUGUCAAUCUCGGAGGAAUCUCUGGAGGAUUUCCCAGAAGAAGACUUUACGUCGACGUCACAUCGUGCUCAUAGAUUUAUGCUAGCCUCGAGGUCAGAAUACUUUAAAGCCAUGCUUAGUUCACAAUUCAUUGAAGCACGCAUACCAACGGUCCCUCUAGAUGCUACGAUAUUUAACCCGACAUCACUCAAUGUGAUACUCACCUUCAUUUACACCGGAAAUUUAACAUCAUCGUCGAAGUCUCUUACUCUAGAGACAAUUGAAAUGGUUUGGAUAGGCGCUGAUUUUCUCGGAAUAGGAACUUUGUGCGAUGAAUGUAUCUAUCGUAUAGCAACAAAGGUUCACGCAUUCGCUUGCACGUGUGUAGAAUGUCAAACACUCAUACCUCGGGUUGCAAGUUUCGCAAAAGAGCAUGCCAUAGAGAAGCUUUGGCGUGGAUGUCUACAUGUUCUAUCAGAAGGCUUUGAUAAUAUGUGGCCACAAAAAGCGUUCGCGGAGCUGGAAGAGGAUACAAGAGAAGAGAUUUUGUUAACAUUGCUGAACAACAUAAAAAGUCACAAUAUCGUCGCCACAUUCAAAGGAUGUCGACGAGUAUUGGCACAGAUAGAAGUCCAAGGAAUCGGAUUACCGUGGAUUGAGACAGUACGUGGUUUAAUCAAUUCGGUGCGCACGUAUACCGCCGGGAUAUUGGUGGAUAAUUUUGAGCAAUUGUGUGAGAAUGAUGCUGAAUUUUUGGAUUGUGUAGAUGGUGUCGGUUUUAGUUCCGAUUUGCUUGAGGAUAUUAUGAAAGUGGUGGUUGAAGAAGGAUUAUCUGAGCGAAAUUCCGGUCCGGUGCUUAAAUGUAUUACUGGUAAUUUAUUGAUGAGAGAAGCUGUUAAGGAUGCACAGAGUAUGGAAACGAAACGGGUGUUGGUACAAGCUAAACAGAAUGUCUAUGAGUAUAUGAAAAAACGUUGGAUAGGGAUUAAACAAAUUGGUGGUUUCCGAGGUUUAAGUGAUUGGUUAUUGAGUGAAUUUGCGCAAGAUCUUGAUAUCACGAUAGCGGAAUUAACUGAGGAGGCUGAAGUCGCUGCCGCUUCCUCAUCGGCAACCACUGCAACUACUACAACUACUAUCAGCGAACAAAAACCGUCAACAAAAACUCGAACUCAAAAUUCAACAAAUGGAAAACAAUUGUCAUCUUCAUCUACCCCCAAAAGUGAAUCAUCAAAUGGUAAUAAUACAAACGGAUCUAAUUCAAAUUUAUCAGUCACAGCUAGAAAAACUAAGAGUGUCCGAAUAGCAACAACUGCAUCAACAUAUGGAAGACCUACACGAGCAAGUGUAUUACGCCAAAAAGCAUUGGCCGAAGCUGCUAUGAAAAAUCCAGUAAAGAAAAGAACAAAUACAGCACCAUCAAGAUUAUCUACAGCCAAUACGAAUAAUUCAAAGACAGCUAAUACUACAAGUAGUAGCACUUCAUCAACUAAACCAAAAACAACUGCGUCUAAUCGUGUCACGAGAGCUUCAUCAACUUCAUUACUUCAAGUACCAGGAUCCUCUUCAUCAUCGGCUCAGGCACGAGGUCGUAGUAACUCAAGUAAACAAACAAGCGCUUCAACAACUUCAUCUCGAGCUAGCUCAAUAUCCUCUGUGCAUUCACAGAAGUCUCCCUCUGUUUCACCAAGUCGAUUUGGCGGUGUACGGCAAACACGUUCAAGUAUGUUACGCCAACUUAAAUUUGACGAGGCAGAGCAGCGUCGUGGUCGAGAUUCAGAGAGGCAACAUGCUUCUCCGGCAUCCUCACGGGCAAGUUCAAUUGCAUCAGUUUCAUCGGUAGCAAGUUCUACAACAUCAUCAUCGGCGGCUCACCCGAAACGAUCUCCAUCACAAUAUUCCACCUCAACUACAAUGACCUCAACAUCGACCGGAUCGAUUAGUAGUUUACCUGCGAAACCACAUCAAAUCAAAUUAUCAACUACUAAAGAUCCGGAUAUUUCUGUGGGAAGAAGAGUAAUUUUACCAACAAAGAAUAACGCACCCGGAACUAUACAGUUCUUGGGUGAAACGGAGUUUGCAAAGGGUUAUUGGGUGGGAAUAGAAUUAGAUAAUCCUGUCGGAAAGAAUAACGGAACAGUAGCCAAUAUUCAAUACUUUGAGACUGCACCGAAUCAAGGAAUAUUUGUUCGACCAGACUCAAUAUUAAUCAUUUAA